AUGGCUUAUUUGAAAAAUAAAUUACAAGGACCAAUAAUUAGUCAUAUGAAUAUCACUGAAAUUGUAUAUAACUCCUUAAUUUCUUUAAAUAAUACCAACGAUUUAUAUGAAGGAGAAAAUGAGGCGUUAAGCAUGAACUUUAAUAUUAAAUUUUCAACAUUUCAAGACUUUAUCUUGGAAAAAGAUGGGUCUGGAUUGUUAAAUAAAGAAAACUUUGACUUUAAAAUUGGUCAUUGCAUAAUUGCAUCUAUUUCAGAGAGUGAUGGAUACUCUUGGGUUUACCGUAAUAAAAAUAAAAAAAAAACUUCUUUGCUUCUUAUAUAUUAUUGUAAUUGUCGAAUAGAACUUGGAAAACGUCAAGCUAAGCAUCCAAUUCUAGACAAGCAAAGAGACACACCUGCCUUUUUAGAGCGAUACAAUUGUGAGGGACUAUAA